AGCAACAGUAAAAAAGGAAAAAGGGAGGCGUGUUUUGGGUUUUAAGAAAAGAGGGAAUGAGAUAGUGUAGUAUAGCAGAGAGAGUGCAGUGGAGUGGUUGUUUUUUGUAUUUCUGGGUUUGAGAGUAGUUGAAAGACAGAGAGGAAAAAGCCUGCAAAAAAAUCCAAGAUCCAAACAUGGCAAAGCUUAGGAAACGACGAUCCGUAUAGAUUCACCUUCCUUUUUCUUCUCUCUCUCUAUUGUUUUGCCACAGUGCCCAUCUUUGUUAGCCGUACAUAUCACCUUACCAUAAGUCCAUAACUGCUCCCACUCGCAAAACCAGUGAGAUUGCUAGAGGGAAAAAAAGACGAAAGGUUUAAGUUUGUGAUCUCAGAGAUAUAUAUAAGAGCUGAUAUAUAUAUAUAUAUGUAGGUAUAUUUGUUAGUAACGUUUUUAGAAUACUGUUGCAUGGAAUAUGUGGAUCAUUAUUCCGAGUCAAAAGGUUAAUUAGUCUACUGACGGGUUCAAGAAGAGGGAGAAUCAGAUUAGAUUUUAUCAUUUUACAUACAUAAACAUAUAUGUAUAUGUAUAUCAGAAGUUGAGUAUUACCUCUUCUCUGGGUUCCUGAUCGGUUAUGCUGAUUUCUUGUUCAUGGAGUGGAAGAGAAACGGAUUAAGGUUUUUCAACAAACACCAUCUUUUUUGCUCUAUUUCCAUCUUCUUCUUCUCAAUUUCUGCACUCUUCUGCAGUACUACCAGCUUUACAACCACAUGCCCAGAUAACAGGUGUCUGUUGUCUGCAAAAGCUGGUACAUAUUUUCAGGAAUCAGAGAAGCCUAUGGCAAUGUCUAAUGAAGUGAAAGAAGAAGUGGUGCCUAAUUUGAUGAGCUUGGCAAGGCGGUAUUUAGGCGGACUAGGGUCGUCGCCGCCCCGGUGUUUGAGGAAGUGCGGGACCUGUACCCCGUGCAAUCCUGUCCAUGUUCCGGUGCCGCCGGGGACGCCUGUGACGGCAGAGUAUUACCCGGAAGCGUGGAGGUGCAAAUGUGGCAACAAGUUGUACAUGCCAUGAGAUUAUAAGAUAAUGUUCUUAUUGUUUUGCCAUAUUAAGUUUAUCAUCCGCUCUACUUAAUUUGUUAA